UUUUCAGCUCUAAUGGCUUUUGAAUGAUGUCACUGUUUAAAAAGCUAAACCCCAAAACAUCUUAAAAGGUUCGGCUUUGUUAAAUAUUUGCUCAGAGCUUUGAUAAGCAUCGUAUUCCUAAGAAAAAAAAUAACAUUUCUUUCUGUGAGAUCAUGUUUAUAUGUUAGGCAAAAAAUGCAUUGAUUCUCAAAAGUUUGAACAUGGCACUUUUUAUGUAAUCAAUAAUCUGGUGUACUCCUUACUUUCUGCUGGCUGCAGGUUGUCUUCAUUUGAAUUUUGAGAUUAAAUACUUUCUAAUAUAACUCAAUGUAACCAAAUUGGGUGCUUCUUUCAUCAAAAAUAUUAGUAAACAUCACUAAAUUGUCACAAUAUUACACAUGUGUUGAGCAGAACGACAGUGGAGUCAUUAAGAAGCUUACAGGCGUUCUGUCAGAUUAGGUUUUUUCUCCUUCUAAUCCUGUAGAUUACCACUGCACAGCCUGCUGGCUGUGAGUCCUUCGUUGCGCUGUGCAGGUUCUUUACAUUGAUAUAUUUUUUUGUAGCCACCACAUUGAUGAAUUAAGUUGACUAAGAUGGAUGCAAGCUGUUGAGGAGAGGUCAAAGGGAGGCGGAAUUGCAGAUUUUGCAGGUGGGACAAAAGCUUUAAAAACAUCAUAUGUGACUGGGUAAAGUAGGAAUGCAUUCUGAGAUGGAUUAUCCAAAACACAACAUGGAUUCCUAAAUGUUUUUAUGGAGAUAUAUUUUUUUGUCUAAACAAAGAAUAGGUGCUGGUGAGAGCAACAACCCUACACCUCAGUGGGUCAUCGGCUGAGCAAAUAGGAUCAUCUCUUCUUGGGACUAAUGCAGAUGGUCUCCAUCGCUCAGUGAAAUGGAGACAGAGCCAUGUUGUGAAGAGCGGAGGGAUGGUGUGUUGGAUCCCACAGAGCCUGAGGUAGUGGAACGCAUUUCUGAACCUGCAGACUGCGAUCCUCUGAACAAACUGCCUUGUGGGCCUCCAGAACAAGGUGAAGAACUCUGUGGGAAAGAACCAUCUGAAAUCGAGAACCAUGCAGUAGAGAGUAAAGACACAGAGAUAAAAAGCGUAUCCAACUGCGAGCAAGAGAGAGAACAAGCAGAAUGCAAGGUAGAGAAAAAACUGAAGAAAACAAACAGCUGGAAGAUGGUCCGGUUUCAAGACCCCUCGACGGAAGAGGAUGUUGUGGAGAGGGACAGCUCUGCAGAGAUUCUCUUUCCAGAAUAUGCUGUGGAGGAAUGGACAUGUGCUCAGUUUGAGGAGCUCUUCAUGGCAGAGGACUGGGAGAACAUCACAGAGGACCAGCUGUUGAGGAAGAAAAUUCUGGAAUCAGGAGACGAACAGGUCCCACGCUCCACCUGGGGUCAAGAGGUCACUGUGAAGAUGCAGGGUGUUCUUGAGGACCGGACUGUGGUGGAGAAGGACUGCAAACUUGUCUUUGUUAUCGGAGAGGGAGAUGUAAUACAGGCUCUAGAGGAGUGUGUCAUGUCCAUGCAGAAGGGGGAGAUCACAUUACUGGUGGCUGAUUCCCAGUAUGCCUAUGGACUUCUGGGAAGAGAGCCUGACAUCCCUGCAUGGGCUCCACUACUCUACCAACUGCAGCUGCUGGACAUCAGAGACAAACCAGACCCAGAAACUCUGCCCAUCGCUGACCGCAUCCGCAUUGGCAACCAGAAGAGAGAGCGAGGAAACUUUCACUUCCAGAGAGAGGAGUACAGCCUGGCUGCCAGAGCUUAUUAUGUAGCUCUGGAGGUGCUGACCACACACAGCCAAGAUGGUAAUGAUGUUGGCAUGAAGGAGGAGGAGGAAGAGGUGAGGGAAUACCGGGUGAAGUGUCUGAACAACCUGGCCACCGCUCAGCUCAGACUGGAGCAGUUCAACGAGGCACUGCACACCAGCCGGGACGUCCUGACCCUCCAGCCCAACAACGUCAAGGCCCUUUUCAGGACCGGAAAGCUGCUGUCAGAUAAGGGUGAAUACAAAGAGGCCAUGGAGGUGCUAAAACAGGCCUUGAAACUGGAGCCAACCACCAAGGCAAUCCAUGCAGAAUUGUCCAAACUUGUCAAACGACAAUCAGGAGGCAAAGAUACGCAACAGUGGAGACUCAAACCAGCAAAGGGACUUUCCUGGAAGUUCAUCCUGGGAGCUCUGGUGGUGGCAUUUGGCAGCUUGGUGACGUCAAUGAUUAUGACCGCAAGAAACUAAAACUCCUCAGCAGGAAGGAAAAAAUA